AUGUAAGUCAUAGGCGGCUAUCCUUUGGUCGAAAUUUGACAUUGAUUGAAUUUCGAAUGCUUCAAACAAAGACAACAUAGAAAAUCUUCCACAAAACAUCACCAAAUAUCAAUACUUAUAAACCUUUACUUUUAAUAUCUUCAUGAAUCAUGCCAACAUGAAAGUCAAACCUAAGGUUAUUCUACAUAAAAUUCUCAUCACAAACAGAGCAACUUCCAACUCUAAAAAAAUGUUUGAUUCUUGGAUGAAUAAAAGUUCCAAAAUUUUAUCAAUCCUCUCUCUAAUAACAUUUUCAGCCAUAGUUUUUCUCAUACAAGGUGAUCAUGUUAUCCAACAUGAUUCAAUUAUACUCCAUGCUACAUAUAAAGAACCUCUUGUGAUGUUACAAGCUAAAAAGUCAACUCUUAGUACUCUUGGUCAAAGUUACAAACCUUUACAUUCCAUGCAAGAGGACAAAGAUGAAAUUGAUUUUUCAAAUCAAAGCGUGCUAAUUGCUCCACUCAAUGUCACAAAAGAACAAAGAAUUGCAUGGUUUAAAGGGAAGCUACAAGAUUUCAAGAUUCUAAAGUCAAACAAGUUGUCAAAAAAAUUCCAUGCUAGAAUUCAAGGAUUUCUCAAAAAUGAAUCAUGUGAGUCUCAAUUCUUCAUGACAUGGAUUUCACCUUCAAGUUCAUUUGGGUCAAGAGAGUUUUUGGCAAUAGAAAGUAUUUUCAAAGUCCAACCUCAAGCAUGUUUGACAAUUUUAUCAAGAACUUUGGACUCAAAUCAUGGUUAUAAAAUUCUCAAACCAUUCAUUGAUAAAGGGUUCAAAGUUCAAGCUUUGACACCAAACUUGUCAUUUUUGUUCAAAGGGACACUAGCUGAAUCUUGGUUUCAUGAGUUAAGAAAAGGGAAAAAAGAUCCUGGUGAGAUUCCUUUGUUUCAAAAUCUAUCUAACUUGAUAAGACUUUGUGUUCUUUAUAAAUAUGGUGGUGUCUAUUUAGACACUGAUUUUAUUCUCAUGAAACCAUUAAAUGGUUUGAGGAAUUGUAUUGGAGCACAAAGCAUGGAUUUUGGUUCUAAUCAUUGGACUAGAUUAAAUAAUGCUGUUCUUAUUUUUGAUAUGAAUCAUCCACUUCUUCUUAGGUUCAUUAAUGAAUUUGCCUUGACUUUUGAUGGAAACAAAUGGGGGCAUAAUGGUCCUUACCUUGUUUCAAGAGUUGUUGAAAGACUUGGGAAAAAACCAAGUUUGAAAUUUACAAUAUUGCCACCUUUGGCUUUUUAUCCAGCUAAUUGGAAUAAGAUAGUUGGUUUUUUUAGAAAGCCUAAAACUAGAGGUGAAGAAAAAUGGGUUGAAGCCAAAUUGAUUCAACUUAGUGGUGAGACUUAUGGGAUUCAUCUAUGGAAUAAACAGAGUAGUGGAUUGGUUAUUGAAGAAGGAAGUGUCUUAGCAAGAAUUGUAUCAAAUCAUUGUGUCUUUUGUAAGUUUUAACUCUAUAGUUUUUUUUCUUCUAAUGUAUAGGAACACUUGUGUGAUGUAAAGGCUAGCACUACAAGUUGUUAAGGAAUUUUCUUUUAAUAUAUAGUUCUCUACUUGAUGAUUUCAAACAAGGUUUUAAAUUGAGUUCGAAUUGCAACCA